AUGAUUCCACUCAUAGUUGGCCAACUGGCUAAGGACUUCACAGGUAAGUUCAAAUUCUACAAAAUCAACACACACGAGAGUCCAAACUCCAACCAUUUUGGAAUACACAGUGUUCCGACCAUGUUCAUAUUCCAAGAUGGUGAGAAGAAAGACAGUAUAAUUGGAACUGUCCCUAGAGAGACAUUGGAAAGGUUCUUGGUCGAGUAA